AACACAAUGUCAUUAUCAACCUCCGAGUCUGAAGUGCGACAGGCAACUACGCCUGCUAGUGCUGUUGGUAAGACGCUUAAAAAAGCCGAGAAAAAAACCUCAGCAAAGUCUAAACAUGUCAAACCCAGCCAUCCUCCAACUUCCGAUAUGGUUAACAGUGCCAUCAAAGGAUUGAAAGAAAGGAGCGGGUCCUCGUUGCAAGCUAUCAAGAAAUACAUCGGUUCGAAUUACAAGGUCGAUUCUGAAAAACUUGCACCGUUCAUAAGAAAAUAUCUGAAGUCCGCUGUACAGUCCGGUUCCCUGAUUCAGACCAAAGGAAAAGGAGCGUCUGGUUCUUUCAAAUUGGCCGCUGGCGGAUCUACAACAAACGCGUCGAAGAAGGUUACGAAAAAAUUGGUCAAGUCGGCCGAUGGAGCAAAUAAGAAUGCGUCAUCUACAACGGCAGCCGAGAAGAAGAACAAAUCCCCUGCCAGGUCUACAACUACAGUGAGUAAGUCGAAAAAGAGAGCGGCAAUUGCUACAGAAAAAAAGAAGCCAAAAUUAACGAAAUCUCCCUCGAAAGCUAAGAAGGCAAUCAAAUCGCCGACGAAGAAGCCCAAAGCACCGAAACCAAAAACGGUCAAAUCAGUAACGGCUCCGAAGAAAGUAACGUCUCCCAAAAAGAAAAAGUAAAACGUAUAUAAUUUUGGAAGGAUAAACAUUUUAAACCGGCCCUUUUCAGGGCCUCUACAAUU